GCAGCCGGAGAGCAGGGCUCCUAGCACACGGGUGGAAGAUAGCUUUUGCAAUACUGGGGUCACAUGUGCCGACAGUCAUCUGUCUUCUGAGUCAACCCUCCCGGCCUGGUCAACACCAGAUCAGGGCUCUGGUGAACAAGCUGUAGGUAAGGGAGAUGCACAACUGGAUGGCGUGCCAUGGCACGAGAUGCUUCUCUUUUGGCUGUCAGCACAGCAGGUUCCUCGAUUUAGUUUUUCUGGGUUGUAUGCCUAAUGCAUGAGUGCCCUGCACUGAAACCACUGAGCGCAGCAGCACCUCUUCUGCCUGCAAGCGGUUUGUCACCUCACUGUAAGACUGGCACCAGCAGAGAUGCAGACUCAGAGGGUGCCAGGGAGGAAGCGAGGCCGACCCCCACUGCACUCCACACCUAUGAAGAUGGCAGUUCAUCACCUUUACUCUGCUGCCACUGGUUCACUACCAGCCAUGAAGAUCCCAAAGAAAAGAGGGCGGAAACCUGGUUACAAGCUCAAGUCUCCAGUUCUCAUGACUUCAUUAGCCCUCUCACCUCUACAGAGCACCCCAGAGCCUGACCUCAGCUCCAUCCCCCAGGAUGCAGCCACCAUACCCAGCUUGGCAGUCCCACAGGCUGUCACAGUCUGCCUCUACAUCAACAAGCAGGCCAAUGCGGGCCCAUACCUGGAGAGGAGGAAGCUGCAGCAGCUCCCGGAGCGCUUCGGGCCAGAGAGGCCAGCAGCUGUCCUGCAGCGGGCUGUCCAGGCGUGCAUCGACUGUGCCCACCAGCAGAAGCUGGUCUUUUCCCUGGUCAAGCAGGGCUACGGUGCCGAGCUGGUGGCAGUCUCUGCAUCCUUUGAUGGAAAACAGCAUCUGCGGAGUCUGCCCGUGGUGAACAGCAUCGGCUAUGUCCUCCACUUCCUGGCCAAGCUGUGCCGCAGCCUCUUGUGUGAGGAUCUCUUCAGCCACCAGCCCUUCCCGGGGAGCCCUGGGGCCUCUGAGAAGGCCCAGGAGAGAGCAGGGAGGAUGGAAUCAGCCAAGACAACCACCACCGAAGAGUGCCCGGUGAGUCCUGUGGACAUGAACUGCUUCAGCAUGGACCCCUCCACCUCCGCCUUUAACCACAGGGGCUUCUUAACCGCCUCCUCCAUCUACUGCAAGAGGCUGAACUCUAGAGAUGGCCACCUUGGAGGAGGCCCUGCCACCACCACAAGCAGUCCCCGUUCCUGCCUCUUGUCUUCUGGAGGCUCCCCAGCACUGAGACCCCCAGCUUCCAGCCCCAAGAGAAAUGGAACCUCUCUUGAAGGACACAGAUGUGCCUCAAGCCCUUCUCCAGACAGACAGGAGGCCAGGCGGCCACGGAGCAGAAACCCGUCCACCUGGACAGUAGAGGAUGUGGUCUGGUUCGUGAAAGACGCUGAUCCUCAGGCCUUGGGGCCUCAUGUGGAGCUCUUCCGAAAGCACGAGAUUGAUGGUAAUGCUCUGCUGUUGCUGAGGAGUGACAUGGUCAUGAAGUACCUCGGCCUGAAGCUGGGACCUGCACUGAAACUCUGCUACCACAUUGACAAACUGAAGCAUGCCAAGUUCUGAAGUCCUUUAAAAGCUGGAACAAAAACCUAACAUGAGGGAGUGGCAGCCAGCCACCAUCAUGAGUAGACUCUCCUCUUGAACAGUCACAAAGACUUGGCCUUUUUUUAUAUAUAUAUAUAUAAAGACAUGCAUUUUUGCUUUUUAAAAAAAUUCAACAUGGGGCUGGAGGUAUAGCUCAAGUGGUAGAGCACUGGCAAGGGAGAGGCCUUGGGUAUCACCAAAAAACAAAAACAAAAAAAAAUUCAACAUGGCCCUUUUUGAAAGGCUUGUCUGUGUUAAAGUGAUUUUCAAAAAAAUUACAAAAAGUCUAUUAUUUGUAACGUUCUUGUUAUGUUGAUUGCUCCGGGAGUGGGUGAUAUUCGUGUAAUGAGGCGGGGGUACUGAAUGCUCUUGCCUAAGGAAAGCCUGGAGGUGUAAACGCCCUUAAC